AUGGCUGCCGUAGAACAAGAUCACGCUGAAGACAAUCAGUCUGUCACAAUGACCUUCAAACGUGGCCCAGACCAACGCCGAUAUAAUGAGCCAAGGUUUGACGAAGUCGCUGCCAUUUUUGUAGGCAAUGAUGGUGCGCCUCCAGCACCAGAUAUAAUUGUACAACCCCGCAACCAGCCCUGCCGCAGAAUAUCAUAUAUGUCCCCCAACAGUGACCCCAUGACGUACCCUCUCCUGUUUCCAAGAGGUGAUCUCGGUUGGUUUGAUGGGAUGCAGCACGAUGAACAGCACAGAACAAAGACCAGGUUCAAGGUCACACUUCUGCAAUUCUACUCCAACCGUCUUGCUUGCCGUGCUCGGUUCUCACCCCUACACUACGCAGGCAAACUAUUCCAACAGUACAUCGUAGAUGCGUAUGUAAAAACCGAGGCAUCAAGGUUGGACUACAUCCAAAAGAACCAGAAGGCGUUACGAGUUGACCAGUACCAAGGACUCAUGGACCACAUCCAAACACAAUCUAUUGAGCGACACCUCACACCAGGAAAAGUUGUCAUACUUCCAUCCUCCUUUCACGGAAGCCCGAGGAACAUGCAGCAAAAUUAUCAAGACGCAAUGUCCUUAGUGUGCAAAUUUGGCAAGCCCGAUUUAUUCCUGACAUUCACCUGUAACCCCCACUGGCCAGCAAUAACAGACAACCUCCAACCACCACAGACUGCUGUCCACCGCCCGGACUUGGUUUCACGUGUCUUUCACCUUAACCUGAAGGAGCUGCUACACGACAUAACAGACAAACAUGUCUUAGGUGAAGAUGCCGCUCUGGUUGAUGUCAUUGAGUUCCAAAAAAGAGGACUACCGCACUGCCACAUGCUUAUUUUCCUAAAGGACAACUCCAAACUUCGAGAGCCAGAACACAUUGAUUCACUCAUCUGCGCUGAAAUCCCGUCACGCACCAAUGACCCAGAACUGUAUGAAAUCGUGUCAAGAACAAUGAUUCAUGGACCAUGCGGUCACUUGAACCCAAAUUCAGUGUGCAUGGAUAACGGUGAAUGCACCAAAGACUUCCCAAAGGAAUUCUCCGAACAAACCUACCUCACAGAAAAUUGGUACCCAAAGUACAGACGACGAGACAAUGGCACAAUCGCUUCAGUUGGAUCAUCCGAAGUUGACAACAGGUAA